UCUAUUGCAAGCCAUCCACGUUUAGUAUUAACUCCAUAUUACCAAACACUAGAAAAACAGUGAUAGUAUAUAUAAGUAUAUUAUUUUUUUCGUCAAUAAAACCUAUCAUUCAAACUCCAAAGCGCCACUCGUAGACGUCACAUCUUUAGAGGCGCAUGCGUUAUGCAGCACACACACGCACAUAGAACAUCACGCAGUUGGCCUCACUUUUAUUUGAAUGUAUGAGUAAUGGCAGCUCGACUAUACGAUGUGCGCUCAGGGCGAUGUAUCAGCAUCAUAAGAUUUUUGACAUAAGGCCAUGAAGUAAACAAAUGCGCUGCAAAGUGGUUGUACAUCCAUCGACUGCCAACUAAAUAAUUUGCCUUUGGGUUCCUUUCUACCGUAGCUAUCCUGAGAAAAUCACGAUGGAUGACGAUGACCAGUAUCAGACUGGCUAUGAUGUUGGAUCUUUUCCCAAAGAUUUUGGCUAUACACCCUUUGAUGGAGAUGGAGAGGGUUCUGCUGGUCCACUCACUGGCGAUCAGAAACCUAGAAUACUCCUGAUGGGUCUGAGGCGGAGUGGUAAGUCAUCUAUACAGAAGGUGGUAUUUCACAAAAUGUCACCUAAUGAAACACUCUUCUUGGAGAGUACCAAUAAAAUUAUCAAAGAUGACAUCUGUAACUCAAGUUUCGUGCAAUUUCAAAUUUGGGAUUUCCCAGGGCAGAUUGAUUUUUUUGAUCCUACAUUUGAUAGCGAUAUGAUCUUUGGAGGCUGUGGAGCACUUGUUUUUGUCAUAGAUGCUCAAGACGAUUAUAUGGAAGCUUUGAACAAAUUACACUUGACAGUUACAAAGGCCUACAAGGUCAAUCAAGCUAUCAAGUUUGAGGUGUUCAUACAUAAAGUUGAUGGACUGUCGGAUGAUUACAAGAUGGAAACUCAGAGGGAUAUACAUACUAGAGCAAAUGAUGAUUUGAUUGAUUCUGGAUGUGAUCAAAUACACUUGAGUUUUCAUCUGACAUCAAUUUAUGAUCAUAGUAUAUUUGAGGCAUUUAGCAAAGUUGUACAAAAACUCAUACCACAGUUACCAACUUUGGAAAAUUUACUCAACAUCCUUAUCUCGAAUUCAGCUAUAGAAAAAGCUUUUCUGUUCGACGUAGUCUCGAAAAUUUAUAUUGCGACCGACAGCUCACCCGUGGAUAUGCAGAGUUAUGAACUUUGUUGCGAUAUGAUUGAUGUCGUAAUCGAUGUAUCUUGUAUAUACGGAUUGAGGGAAGAUGUGGAAGCAGCGGCGUUUGACAGUCAAAGCUCCAGUUUGAUUAAGCUGAACAAUGGAACUAUUUUGUAUUUGAGAGAAGUGAACAAAUUUCUUGCUCUUGUUUGCAUUUUGAGGGAAGAUAAUUUUGAUAGGCAAGGUGUCAUCGACUAUAACUUCCUCUGUUUCCGUAAUGCAAUUCAACAAGUUUUCGAGCUACGCAAUAAAACAUUGGCAGCUGCAAAUGUAAAUGUAACCAACCAUUCAACGUCGCCAACAACGAGCAACAGUGCAAUCCCUGAGCCAGGACCAAGUACUAGUAGUGGAGCAUCUCAAUCGCAACCACAGCCUAAUGGUACGGCUGUGCUUGCACAAAGCUAACCCGCGAGACUUGCCGUUCGUGUCAAGCUCGACUUGUUCGGCAGAGAGACUUUUUAAAGAUUUCGUUGUUCGUGUUGAACAUAUUAAUUCAGAAUCGUGUCGUUUGUUCAGGAUGAACGCUAUUGUUUUUUUUUUGCGCUGUUGUAAUCAUACUUCGUAAUUGAAUUACUAAUGAAAUUUUUGAAUAAUGAUAAUUUUUAAGUAGAUAAGGUUAUUGAUUUCUUGUGGUACGAUUCUGAUGGUAAACUGUAUUAACUAAUUUGUCAAAUUAUUCGCAUUUGUUUACAAAAAUAUCAAUAAGCAUCAAAUCAAAAAUUUAUUCGUACACACCGGUAAGAAAUUAUUUUUUUUUAUUUUGUAAGGCUUUGUCACUGCGUUAGAUUCUUUAUCUAUCCUCGCAGAUGCAAGUAGGAUGAAAGAACAAUAACGUUAUAUAUUAUUAGCUUGAGCGAUUUAAAUAUUUGCGAAAGAUUAACUGUAUAUAUACAAGUAAUAUAUUCUAUGUGUGCGCGUUAUGAGAAAGACUUUGUUUUCGUUAUUUUUUACUUCAGAAAUUGUCGUCGCUGUCGUACUCUUCAACAUCAGCGAAGCGUGUACAGUCAUAGCCGUUUGUGUCUUGACUGAAAUGUUAAUUGCAAAAAAUGUAUUCUUCAAACAUCGGAAGUAUUAAGUUCAUUAAGUCUAUCCGACAAUGUUUGGGAUUAAAAAUCAUGUAUCCGAUAAAAAUUUUUACGUGUCACAGAACCAAAAUUAGUAAAAAAGUUACAGAUAAACGUUCUUAAAUAAUAUAUUACUAAUUUAAGUAUUUCAUAACAAUAUAUUGUCAUCUUGUAUAUUUUUCUAAAAGUAUAAAUAAAUGGAAAAGUCUUUAUGUAUAGUAUAUGAGUAUUAAAUUUUU